AUGGCCGGAUUUUACUCAAGAAAGGACAGGCGCCUAGGUUCGCUGCCGACCUCUACUCGGAGCUCUCUGAUAUUUGAACCUUGGAGACUCCGAUCCGGAAUCCUCUUCCUUCAAGCUUGGACUCCGAAUUUCAAUCCGCACAAGCUCGAUUCCUCUUUGGCUCAGGUUUGGGUGCGGAUUUUCAACUUACCUCACGAGCUCUGGCAUCCUGAGGUCAUUACGGGUAUUGCUCGCCAGGUGGGUACUCCUUUACUUAUUGAUGGUUUGUCGGCUAGGGCGUCUGUGGGUAACUUUGCCAGGAUCUUAGUGGAAAUUAAUGUGGCUCUGGAACACCCUUCGUUCCUUGAUGUUCAAUGUGAUGAAAACACUUAUGAGAUUGAGUUUCGAUAUGAGGAUAUGCCUACUUUUUGCUGUGUUUUCUCUUCUUUUGGUCACUCUACAGACAAUUGCCGGAAGAUGAACCCGGAGGCUAAUUCCGAUGGCACGGAGCUGCCUCGGCCUAACAGGGAUUCCGGUCAGGUCACAGGUAGACAAGGUGGUCGUGGCAGACGGCGCAGGGGUCAAUCCAGACGGAAACGUGCCAGGAACAGGACGACGACGCCCUCUUUAGCUCCGCCGGAAGGCAGGAAUAAAGAUGAACAGGGUGCGGAUUUGAGCGAUAGCCCUGUUAUGGAUCCACAGUUAAAACUUGUGGUGGAGGCACUUCGCUCAGAAUUUGGCAAGAUGCUACACUCAGAAAUUGAGGGAGUGUACGACAGGAUCGAGCUGAUGGAGCAGUCUCAUUCUCGAGAGACCACUUUCACAUGA